AUGAGUGAGUGCAGAAAACCAACCCUGGGUUCAAGUCCUGAGACAUUCAGCCCAGAUGUUGUUGCUGACAUUUUUGAACUCUUUGCUAAGAACUUUUCUUAUGGCAAGCCACUUAAUAAUGAGUGGCAGUUACCAGAUUCCAGUGAGAUUUUCACCUGUGACCACACAGAAUUCAAUGUGUUCCUUGAUUUAAAGAACUCCCUAAAUGAAGUAAAAAACCUACUGAGUGAUAAGAAGCUGGAUGAGUGGCAUGAACACACUGCUUCCACUAAUAAAGCUGGAAAAAUAAUUUCCUAUGUGAGAAAAUCUGUGAAUGCUGAACUUUGUACUCAAGCAUGGUGUAAGUUUCAUGAAAUUUUGUGCAGCUUUCCAGUUAUUCCUCAGGAAGCUUUUCAGAAUGGAAAACUGAAUUCUCUACACCUUUGUGAAGCUCCUGGAGCUUUUAUAGCUAGUCUCAAUCACUACUUAAAAUCCCAUCGAUUCCCUUGUGAAUGGAGUUGGGUAGCUAAUACUCUGAAUCCAUACCAUGAAGCAAAUGACAAUCUUACGAUGAUUAUGGAUGACCGACUUAUUGCAAAUACCUUGCAUUGGUGGUACUUUGGUCCAGAUAACACUGGUGAUAUCAUGACCUUGAAAUAUCUGACUGGACUUCAGAAUUUCAUAAGCAACAUGGCCACUGUUCACUUGAUCACUGCAGAUGGGAGUUUUGAUUGCCAAGGAAACCCAGGUGAACAAGAAGCUUUAGUCUCUUCUUUGCAGUACUGUGAAGUAGUCACUGCUCUGACGACUCUUGGAAAUGGUGGCUCUUUUGUUCUGAAGAUGUUUACUUUGUUUGAACAUUGUUCCAUAAACUUGAUGUACCUGCUCAACUGUUCCUUUGAGCAAGUCCAUGUUUUCAAACCUGCUACAAGCAAGGCAGGAAACUCAGAAGUCUAUGUGGUAUGUCUCCACUAUAAGGGGAGAGAGGUAAUCCAGCCUCUCUUAUCUAAGAUGGUGCUGAACUUUGGAACUGAAAUGACCAGGAAAUCUCUCUUUCCCCGUCAUGUGAUUCCUGCAUCUUUUCUUAAAAGGCAUGAAGAAUGUUGUGUGUUCUUUCAUAAAUACCAGCUAGAGACUAUUUCUGAGAACAUCCGUCUGUUUGAGGGCAUAGGGAAGGGGGAACAAGCAAGACUGAAUAAUUUAAGGGACUGUGCUGUUCAAUAUUUCAUGCAAAAGUUUCAAUUAAAGCCUCUUUCCAGAAAUAAUUGGCUAGUAAAAAAAUCUAAUAUUGGUUGUAGUACAAAUACAAAAUGGUUUAGGCAGAGGAACAGAUAUUUUAAAACCUAUAAUGAAAGGAAAAUGCUAGAAACUCUUUCAUGGAAAGAUAAGGUGGCCAAAGGAUACUUUAAUAGUUGGGCCGAAGAACAUAUUGCAUAUCAUCCUGGGCAAAGUUCUCUUUUAGAAAGGACAGCUUCCAGUCUUGAGUGUCAUUCAUGGCAUAUUUUAAAGGGAAAGAAACUGCCAAAAGUAAAGUGUUCUCCUUUUUGUGAUGGUGAAAUUUUAAAGACUCUUAAUGAAGCAAUUGAAAAGUCAUUAGGCGGAGCCUUGAAUUUGGAUUCCAAGUUCUGGCCAAAACAUCAGAAUUGUUGUUCUUGCCAUGUUUUUUCUGAAGAACUGAUCUUUUCUGAGUUGUUUAGCCUUAUCAAGUGCCUUCAGAAUGAGCAGGUUGGACAACGCAGCAACCAAAUAAAGUGCCUGCUUGUGGGUUUUCCAAUUCUCCCUGAUAUCAAAAUGCAUAUACCAUUGGAAGUUCAACUUCUUGAAUCGGCUGAGCUCAUGACUUUUACCUGUUCAUUGUUUCAUGAUGGAGACCCAACUUACCAGCAGUUAUUUUUGGACUGCCUUCUACAUUCAUUACAGCAACUUAAUACAGGGGAUGUUAUGAUUUUGCCAGUACUUUCCUGUUUUACAAGGUUUAUGGCUGGUUUGAUCUUUGUACUCCACAGCUGUUUUCGAUUCAUCACGUUUUCUUGUCCCACAUCCUCUGAGCCUCUGAAGAUCUGUGCAGUCCUGUUAUGUGUUGGUUACCAGGACCUUCCAAAUCCAGUUUUCCAGUAUCUGCAGAAUAUGAACGAAUUGUUGAGUGCUUUGCUUAACUCUGAUGCACCCGAGCAAGUUUUACAGUUUGUGCCAAUGGAAGUUCUCCUUCAGGGGGCGCUGCUUGAUUUUUUGUGGGAUUUGAAUGCUGCCAUUGCUAAAAGACAUUUGCAUUUGAUUAUUCAAGGAGAGAGAGAAGAAAUCAUCAGCAGCCUUCAGUUACGAAACUGAACUUGUCUUUCUGAAGGCAAUUUUUUGCAGACAACUUAAGCAGAUAAAUAAGACCAACUAAACAACUAUGGGUGUGUCAACCCCAAGCACAUACACACAUCUCAUGGGUCAAUGGCAAUGUAUGAAACAUAUUAAGAAAUCUGGCAAAAUGAGUUCCCCAAAUCUGUAACUGACAUGGUCAAUGUUAAAGGAAAUCAGUGAGGCUCAGCAUUGAUUCACCUCCUUUCAUCAAAACCUCUUAUCAAUUCAUUAACAUCAUUAGUCAUUGAGAGGAAUUUAGUUGGGAAAAAAUUGGAAUGAAGGCAAUUUUUUGCAGAUAACUUAAGCAGAUAAAUAAGGCUAUCAAGACAGCUUCAAACCAAAGAUCAUGUUUAUAACUGAAAAAUUAUUGUGUCUAACAAUUCCUGUAUCAUGGAAAGCCUCAUUUAGCAAUGGUGUAGUAAUUUUUAACUUCCAGGAAAUAAUCUGUGAACUAAAAGAUAUUUUAAAAUUGCAAAAUAAUGUUUAUGGUCUCAUAUUGGGAACACAUGGAUGUGAUCAAUACAAUAAAUAAUGGGGGGGAAAAUUUAACACUUUCAUAAUGAUGAUUCAGCAUUUAACAUUGUUUAGUGCUUACAAUUUCUUUUUUCGGUUUGAAAGUAGCACUUCAUCAAAAGUUUAACCAUGAGAUGGUUAUUUUAUCAGUUAUGUUUGAUUUCUUUUGAAGUGUAGGUAUUUGACAGUGUAACCAACCUUCUCUGAUAAACUAGUAAGCAAAUAUUCAUUACUUUGAAAUUCCACAAAAUGGAGAAUAUUUGUAUUCUUACAUGUGCAUU